GGGCACUUUCUAGAAGCCGCGCCACGUGUCUGCUAGCGCAUGGAAGGGCCGGGAACCUUCUAGAACCCGCUGGAUGCUUCUCUCACCAAUGUCCAACCUAACCCAAUCCCCAAAUCCACGUUUCUAGACGCGUCCUCCUUCCCGUGGAAACACUUGCUUCUUCCCGCAUCCUCCCCUCUCCUCUCCUCUCUGCACGCGAAUCAUCGCCUGCCCAAUGGCGUCGCCGGCGGCGGGGACGCCGCCGUUCCUGACGAAGACGUACGCGAUGGUGGAGGACCCCAGCACCGACGACACCAUCUCGUGGAACGACACCGGCACGGCCUUCGUGGUGUGGCGCCCCGCCGAGUUCGCCCGCGACCUCCUCCCCAAGCACUUCAAGCACAGCAACUUCUCCUCCUUCGUGCGCCAGCUCAACACCUACGGAUUCAAGAAGGUGGUGGCGGACAGGUGGGAGUUCGCCAACGACGGCUUCCGGCGAGGGGAGAAGCACCUGCUGGGAGGGAUACAGAGGCGGAAAGGGACCGGCGCCGGGGGCGCGGGGGGCGGGGCGGCCAUACCGACGGGGAUACCGAUCAUCUCGUCCCCGCCCACGAGCUCCGGCGGGGAGCCGGCGGUCUCCUCGUCGUCGCCGCGCGGCUCGGCGGCGGGGGUGAGCGGCGCGGUGGCCGAGCUGGAGGAGGAGAACGCGCGGCUGCGGCGAGAGAACGCGAGGCUGGCGCGGGAGCUGGCCCGCGCGCGGCGCCUCUGCGACGGAGUACGGCAGCUCGUGGCGCGGUACGACCAUGGCGGCGGCGGGGAGGAUGAUCCCGCGGACGGCGACGAUGGGCACGGCGGCGGCGGCGGCGGGGGAGGCCCUGGCGGCCCCGGAGCGAAGCCGAUGCUGUUCGGCGUUGCGAUUGGGGCCAAGCGCCCGCGCGGCGCGGAGGGCGGGGACGGGGACGAGGACGGCGAGGACGGGGCCGCCGAGGAAGACGGCGAGGAGGAGGACGAGGAACAUGACGACGACGAGACACACGCGGCGCGGAGGCGGGGGAGCAAGGCCGCGAGGAGGAACGAGAUGUCGGAUCUCGACGUGCUGGCGCUGUCCGUGCGGGCGGCGGCGGCGGCGAGACCGGGCGGAGGGUCGCGUGACCGCAAGAGCUCGGUCUCGUGACAGCCCGCGCCGCUAGGACUGAAGUCAGUGACACUCGUGUAGAGUAGCCUCGCUUGUAUGGGCAGAUGGUGUAGGCGUAAUUGCGUAGUAAACUGAAACAUCUUUGUAGUUGCUAGCAAUCGAGAUUCAAUGAUGGCCUUUCUGAACUCCUGCCGAUUCUAACUAGGGCUUGUUUAGUUCAAAAAUGGAGUUGUUUAGCCAAAAGGCAAGCUGGCCAAAUGAUUUGCUGUAGCUCUGUAAACGUGUAAUAG